UUUCAGUAUAAUGUUGACAUUUCAUCCGUUUAGUAACUCUUUUACCGUUUGUUAGAUAGUCGUUGGAGAUGAUGGUGCAUAUUUCACAAAACCUCAGGGGAGGUGAGUAGUAUUUUUUAUACUUGUGGGGUCUUGCACCAGAUCUUGCGUCUUCUCUAGAACUAUACUCUGUUUUUUGACUCUGUUUUUUAUCAAGUGAUUGCUUCACAUAGUCAGACAUUAUUUCUCUAUGGCUUCAUCAACAUCUUCAUCUUCCACUACUCUUCAAGACAAAUAUGAUGUGUUCCUUAGUUUUAGAGGUGAGGAUACUCGUCAUAACUUUACCAGCCAUCUCUAUGCUGCUUUUUGUCAAAAGAAGAUAAGAACCUUUAUUGAUGAUGAUGGACUUAAGAGAGGAGAUGAAAUUUCGCCUGCACUUUUGAAAGCAAUUGAAGAAUCAAAGAUUUCUGUAAUCAUUUUCUCAAAAGAAUAUGCUUCUUCCAAAUGGUGUUUAGAUGAACUAGAAAAGAUUCUUGAAUGCAAGGAAAAGAAUGGUCAAAUGGUUAUGCCGGUCUUUUAUCAUAUCAAUCCAUCUGAUGUGAGGAAACAAACUGGUAGCUUUAAAGAUGCUUUUACUAAGCAUGAAAAAAAAUUCAAAAAGAUGCUUGAAAAAAUCCAGAGAUGGAUAGCUGCUUUGAUUGAAGCAUCCAAUUUAUCUGGAUGGGAUUUAAUGGGCUUUGAUUGAAGCAUCCAAUUUAUCUGGAUGGGAUUCAAUGGUGAUUAAGCCCAAGUCAAAACUUGUAGCUGAAAUUGUCAAAUAAAUAUCGAAGAAAUUGAGUGACAUACCACCCUCAUGUGACUGUGAAGGCCUUGUUGGAAUAGAUUCUCGCAUUUAUUGUAUUAAGUCCUUAUUGCGC